UCAUCAAGACCACAAAUGAGUUCCCGCCGACUUGAACAAGGUAUUCUCUAGAAUGCUGGGCGCGAGUUUUUACCUUUUCGCUUGAGCCAGAUUGAAAAAUUUCCUCAACUAGAACUAGACGAGUCAAGCAAUUCGUUCCAGCAGCUAUAUUUCAUCACAGACGAUUCCUGCCAACAUCUAGAACUAGACGAGUCAAGCAAUUCGUUCCAGCAGCUAUAUUUCAUCACAGACGAUUCCUGCCAACAUAUUUGCAUGGUAGAAAGCACGGAUGCAAAGGCUAAACGUGAGUUCGCGAGGUCCCAUGAUUUUUCAAAGGGCUGCCAAUCAGAAAAUGAAUGCCACCGGAAUUUCCUUAAGACCCUUCACUUCAUCUGACACACUCUUCACUCCCGGCAAAGGAGACAGCAGAAACGGAGAUGCUCAAUUGGAUUCUUUACAAAAGAAAUUGAAAAGGUUGAAUACUAUUCCUCAAUCGCACGCACUACGUGGUCAACAUCAGAAAUGUCUCUGUCUACAGUUUGGAGGAGAAAAUGCAGGGGGAAGGAAUCAUUCACUUUUUAUUCUUCAAUAUGGAAAUUUGGCUUGGGGGCAGUGCUAUAGAGCUUAUUGUAGCUGGAGUGGUAUGAUACAGAGUGCUUGUAUGCCAGCACUUUUAUCCUCACAUUUAGACACUGCAAGGUGUACCUCAAGUUGUGGAGUUAAGGCUAGACAGCACUUCACCGAAGCAAAUCUGCAUUUACAGCAAGUUUCUGUGGAGAUUUGUGAAUACUUUAUGGAGCGUGGUAUUUCUUUGGAAACACUCAGGAGGAAUGGGGUGAUGCAACGUUUUCAUAAGCCUGUAAUUGCAUUUACGUAUAGAAAGAAUGGAGUGAUGGUCAAUUGUAAGUACCGGGACUUACAGAAGCGUUUUUGGCAGGAAAAGCUUGGUGAAAAGAUUCCUUAUGGGCUGGAUGAUAUCAAGGGAGCACGAGACAUCAUAAUUGUUGAAGGGGAAAUUGAUAAACUUUCCAUGGAAGAAGCUGGGUACAAAAACUGCAUCAGUGUACCCGAUGGUGCUCCAUCCAAGGUUUCAGUAAAAGAUUUACCACCUCCAGAACAGGACAAGAAAUAUGAAUAUCUGUGGAAAUUUCGAGAAUACUUUGAUCAGGCAAGGCACAUUAUUCUUGCGACAGAUGCAGAUGAACCUGGUCAGGCUCUUGCUGCAGAGCUUGCUCGACGUCUUGGCCAAGAAAGGUGUUGGCGAGUUACAUGGCCUCAGAUAACACAAGACAAGCUAUGCAAAGAUGCGAAUGAGGUAUUGAUGCAUUUAGGACCUCAAGCUUUGAAGGAAGCUAUUGAAAAUGCUGAGCUAUAUCCAAUUCGUGGAUUGUUUAAGUUUAGUAAUUACUAUAAUGAGAUAAAUUCUUACUAUCAAAAUUGCAUGGAAAAUGAGCUUAGCGUGUCAACUGGAUGGGCCAAGUUGGAUGAAUUAUAUCAAGUGGUUCCAGGGGAGUUAACCAUUGUCACAGGAGUUCCUAAUUCAGGGAAAAGUGAAUGGAUUGAUGCUCUCUUGUGUAAUUUGAACCAUCAUCAAGGUUGGAAGUUUGCGUUGUGUUCCAUGGAAAACAAGGUUGCAGAUCAUGCAAGGAAAUUACUUGAAAAGCACAUAAGAAAACCUUUCUUCAAUGUUAAAUAUGGCAGUUCUCUACCUCGAAUUAAUACUGAUGAACUGGAGGAGGGUAAGCAGUGGCUGAACAAAACAUUUUAUCUAAUAAGGUGUGAAGAUGAUGUUAUCCCAUCGAUCAAGUGGGCUAUUGAUCUUGCAAAGACGGCAGUUUUAAGGCAUGGGAUUCAUGGCUUAGUGCUUGAUCCAUACAAUGAGUUUGAUCACCAACGUGCCCCCUCACAAACAGAAACUGAGUAUGUCUCUGAGGUGCUCACAAUGGUGAAGCGCUUUGCUCAGAGCCAUAACUGCCAUGUCUGGUUUGUUGCUCACCCAAGACAGUUACAAAAUUGGAAGGGUGAUCCUCCUAAUAUAUAUGAAAUCAGCGGUAGUUCUCAUUUCAUCAACAAGUGUGACAAUGCAAUCGUAAUUCAUAGAAAUCGAGAUCCAGAUUCUGGUCCACUUGAUGAAGUCAAGAUUCUUGUUAGAAAAGUGAGGAACAAGCUAGCUGGGAAAAUUGGUGAAACCUACUUAUCAUACAACAGGAUCACUGGGGAAUAUGAGGAUAAUAGUGAAGAAUGACUCGAUGGCACUGUAUAAUUGAACAUCCCCAACUCUAAUUCGCUGCAGAUCAAUUCGCAUUGUAUAUUCGUUCAAUAGCCUAAUACAGUUGUGAAUUACUUUACAAUUAUUUCAAGGCGUGCAUCACAAAGAGGUCCGACUCUUUUGUCAAUUCAGCAACUUGUUCAUUCGUUUCUGUUUGGAACACUAAAGUAAAAUAAUGCAGAAACGUUGGAGUCUUGUAUUCUAACCCUUUUGGUGAUUGAAGUUCGACUGUGCACAGAAAGCUGAAAAUAACCCAUUAUUGCUAGAAAGUAGCAGCUUUCUCGGAGUCAGUUUCUUUCUCAAAAAGAAGAAAUCUAAUUUGAUGUGUAAGAAACAAAUGCUCGGAGCUACCGAUCUUGCAGCAGUGCUAAAGAUUGAAUCUUCUUGUCAUGCGCAUCGAUGUGAGUGUCAAUGAAACUAAAGAAGCAUCCCCUCCUGACGUCUUUCGUAUCUUAUACUUCAUGGAGACUUCAGUCUUAAGUAUAGAAUGCCAUAUUUGCAAGGGUUGCAGCAGAAAUUAUCAAUCUCAGGCGUGUCAUAAUUUUGAGAUCUUGGCCCGUUCGUCCUUAGGCAAAUUUCAGUAAACGCAGAAAACUUGUGCAAUUUUGUACCUAUUCGUAUAAUUAGAUGUAACCUCUAAUCUGAUUAUAGAAGCAAAGUAGAUUUGUUAUAUUGUCUAAUUUUUGUGCCUUACAUUGGAAAAUUUAUGGGAAGAUGGAUUGCCACAAAAUUUGCCCUUGGGAAAUCUCCCUAUUUUUAUAUUAAAAUGCUGCCCCCGGAUUACUCAAGAGGCACAAGGCAUGAGAUACAUGUAAAAUGUUUUUGAAAUAUGGGAUAUAGUUCAAUUGUUUUAGACUUAAUAGACAACUAGUGAUUUAGAAUA